AUGUCAGCCACGUUUAUUCCAUAGCGCUGCACUGUGUGGAUUUCCCCGUUUACGGCGUUGCGGCAUUUACCUCGGUAGAAAAGAUUUCAUCAUCCGCUCCGUCGGACACCGUAAAAGAAACACUCGAGCAAUUGGAAGAACACUAUAAAAAUGGUGCUCGAUUUGGACCUGUUCCGUAGCGACAAGGGCAACGAUCCGGAGAAGAUCAAGGAGAACCAAACGAAGCGCUUCAAGGAUGUGGCGCUGGUCGAGACGGUCAUCGAGCAGGAUAAGGAGUGGCGCCGGUGCCGCUUCAACACGGACAACUACAACAAACUGAAGAAUCUCUGCAGCAAAGAAAUUGGCGAAAAGAUGAAAAAGAAGGAACCGCAGGGCGAUGAGAGCGAGCCGCUGCCGAAGGAGGUGGAAGAUCAGCUGCGCGAGAUGCAGCUAAACUCGCUGAAGGAGCUAACCGUGAACCAGAUAAAGAAGGUGCGCACGCUGAUCGAUCAGGCCGUGGUGGAGAAUGAGCAGCAGAUGAAGGAGGUCGAGGCAAAGCGGAAUGCUGCGCUGCGGGAGGUGGGCAACCAUCUGCACGAGAGCGUACCGGUGAGCAACGACGAGGAUGAGAACCGGGUGGAGCGGACGUUCGGCAACUGUGAAACGCGCCAGAAGUACUCGCACGUCGAUCUGAUCGUGAUGAUUGACGGUAUGAACGGGGACAAGGGUGCGGUUGUGUCCGGUGGGCGUGGAUACUUUCUUACCGGGCCGGCCGUUUUCCUCGAGCAAGCGCUCAUCCAGCACGCGCUGCACAGCCUGUACGCGAAAGGGUACACCCCGCUGUACACACCGUUCUUCAUGCGCAAGGAGGUGAUGCAGGAGGUGGCCCAGCUGUCCCAGUUCGACGAGGAGCUGUACAAGGUGGUUGGCAAGGGCAGUGAACGGGCGGAGGACGGAGGUGUGACGGACGAGAAGUAUCUGAUCGCAACCUCGGAACAGCCGAUCGCCGCGUACCAUCGGGACGAGUGGAUCCCGGAAGCGUCGCUGCCGAUUAAGUACGCCGGGCUGUCGACCUGCUUCCGGCAGGAGGUCGGUUCGCACGGGCGCGACACGCGCGGCAUCUUCCGGGUGCACCAGUUCGAGAAGGUGGAACAGUUUGUGCUGACCUCGCCGCACGACAACAAAUCGUGGGAGAUGAUGGACGAAAUGAUUGGCAACGCGGAAGCGUUCUGCCAGUCGCUGGGCAUUCCGUACCGGGUGGUGAACAUCGUGUCCGGUGCGCUGAACCAUGCCGCAGCGAAAAAGCUCGACCUGGAGGCAUGGUUCGCCGGGUCCGGUGCAUUCAGGGAGCUGGUUUCGUGCAGCAACUGUUUGGACUAUCAGGCUCGCCGGCUGCUCGUACGCUACGGACAGACGAAGAAGAUGAAUGCGGCCGUCGACUAUGUGCAUAUGCUGAACGCGACCAUGUGUGCGACGACGCGCGUCAUUUGCGCCAUCCUCGAAACGCACCAAACGGAAACGGGUGUAAAGGUACCGGAAGUGCUGCAGAAAUAUAUGCCGGAAAAGUAUCGCGAGGAAAUUCCGUUCGUCAAGCCAGCUCCGAUCGACGUCGAGCAGGCGGCAGCCGAGGCGAAAAAGGGUGGCAAGAAGGGUGGCGAGAAGAAGUCCGGUUCGGCAGCAUAAUCGCGACCAACUACUACUACUACACUAGCAACAAUUAAGCAAGCACAGAAGAUGAAACCGCCGCCCGCCCCCAGUCGUCUUAUUUAUUUCCAAAUUACUCAGUUCCAUCCUCCUGCCUACGAAUACGCGCGCUGGAUGCAUUUACCUGGAAGUGAAUUCGUUUGCACCGCCAGCCUGGCUCUAUUGGAAUAAAGUGUUAUCGCUUCCGUUUCCGCCCUUUGCAGCUGCUGCCGGAGCGGUUAAUGACCAACUGAA